AAGCACUGGCGACUUUGGUUUCAGUGUAGGUGCAGUGGACCGUCCCUCCUCGCCGACAUUGAAAACGAGCCCUCGCUUCGCGCAGGCUUUGGUACAUCAAUCAGCUGUCUGCCCCCGUGCCCGUACACCAUGGCUGUGUCUCGCGGCGGCCGGCUCCUCCUGCCGGUGUUUUUCUCACUGAUGGCGUAUUCGGCGAUCGGGACCGGGGCUGCUGCCGAGUCCGCCGUCAAGGUGGUUCCAGAGCGCCAGCGGCUGGCCGAGCGGCUGGCCGACUCGGAGCAGCUGCAGGUGGACAGCCUGCUGGACAACCUGCUGCUCACGGUGCAGCGCCAGAUGACCAAGGGGCGCGUCGACGUGGAGACGCUCCCCGACGUGUCGCUCAAUAGCGGCAGGCUCACCCUCACCGGCACCCAGGGCAUCAUCAAGGGCCUCACGAGCCUCUACCGGUCCGACAGCGCCUUCAUGGAGUACGGCAACGGCAGCGUCAUCCUCAGCACCGCCUUCAGCCUCAGGACCCUCGAGAUCAGCUACAUGGUCAACGCCAAGUACCUGUUCCUGUCGCUGAACAACGACGUCAGCGCCAGCGUCACGUACAACAGCAUCAAGCUGCGCGCGGGCAUCUUCUACAACGGCGACGUGUGCUACCUCGGCCUGCAGGAAGUGUCCGUUGACGUGCUCCAGGGCAUCCAGUGGCGCACGUCGGGCUUCGGCAGCAUCAACGCCCUGGUCUCGGCCACCAUCAACCGGCUGGUGCCGGCCGCCACCCUCAAGGCCAACCUCAACAACGCCCUGCAGACGGCCAUGAGCGGCUUCAAGGCGCAGUGCCAGGACUUCAUCCCCGGCGUCAACCGCGGCCUCAGCUGGAAGUGCUAACUGGAUAAAGAGACCGCACCUUUGAGCCUUU